GGGAUACAGAAGAGGAGACACUGCGGGAUCUGAGAAGAGUGCGGGGAGGUCGUUGAAGAUAUGGCGGGACUUUCACUCCCUGCGCGCCACGUUGUGGCGCUUCUUGUUGCCGUGGUGAGCGUGGCUGUAUUCGUUGUCCCGACAUUGGCUAAUGCAUCUGCGUCUGGAUCGCCGUCGAGCCUGCCACGUGUGCCAUUGUUCAAGAAGCGCGUGACUUUGGCGCUCGUGCGCGCGGUUCUGCGCGAACGCGCAAGGCAGUUGGUCCGUAAUGCGGGCAGCGGUCGCAGGGUGGCGAACGAGGGAGAUGAUCUGGAACCUGAUCACGUGGCGUUAAACAACUACCUGGAUGCGCAGUAUACGGCGGAGAUCGGGAUCGGGACGCCUCCCCAGACCUUUCGCGUGGUGAUGGACACCGGCAGCGCUAAUCUAUGGGUACCUUCGAGGAAGUGUCGUUUCUCGAUCCCAUGCUACUUCCACAGGAAAUACGAUAGCGGCUCAUCGAGCACUUACGAGGAAGAUGGCACGGACAUCAGCAUCCACUACGGCACGGGCGCCAUGGCGGGCUUUUUGAGUCGGGAUGUCGUCACGGUCGGGACCGUGGCUGUCCAGCAUCAAGGUUUCGCCGAGGCGAUGAAGGAGCCCGGGACUGCCUUUAUUCUUGCCAAGUUCGAUGGUAUCUUGGGUCUAGGGUUCAUGGAAAUCUCCGUGGAUCGUGUCACACCGGUUUGGUACAACAUGGUGGAGCAGAGACUGGUGCCGGAACCGGUCUUCUCAUUCUGGUUGAAUCGUGAUACUGAAGGACAGAUGGGUGGGGAGAUGGUUUUGGGAGGAGUCGAUCCCAAGCACUUCACAGGGGAGCACACGUGGUCUAAUGUUACCCGCCGAGGGUACUGGCAAUUCGCCAUCGACGAUGUGACCGUCGAUGGGGAGAGCGCGGGGUUCUGCCAACAUGGAUGUUCCGCCAUAGCUGAUACAGGGACGUCUCUCCUUUCCGGUCCCACAGCGGUCAUUGCGGAAAUCAACCAAGCGAUAGGUGCCACUGGAGUUAUCAGCCAGCAGUGCAAACAGAUGGUUACUCAGUACGGCCCGAUGAUAGUCGAUCUUCUUCAAGCACAGGUUGAUCCUGAGAAGGUAUGCCAGCAAGUUCACCUGUGCGACGAUGGCGAAAACCAUCUGAAGACCACAACCUCCUCCUCCUCCUCGUCGUCGUCGGGUCUUGGCGUCAUGGAAGUCCUCGUAGAGCACGGGGAGGAGGAGGUUAAGGGGAGAGCGUGGGAGUUGAAGGUCGUCGGCGACAACGAACCGCUGUGCAAGUUUUGCGAAACGUUUGUCUUUUGGAUCGAGAGGCAGGUGAAGCUUAACAAAUCAAAGGCUGAGAUUUUGGAAAAGCUUGAUAAGCUGUGCGACCACUUGCCCAGUCCACGUGGCGAAUCCGUCGUGGAUUGUCGCAAGCUUGAUGAUAUGCCAACCGUAUCGUUUGUGAUAUCCGGGAAAAAGUUUGAGUUGACUGCUCAUCAGUAUGUGCUCCGAGAGAGCCAGGGGGGACAAGAAGAGUGUAUCAGUGGAUUUAUGGGACUGGAUGUCCCGCCGCCGUCAGGUCCGCUCUGGAUCCUGGGUGAUAUUUUCCUCGGCGUGUAUCACAGUGUUUAYGAUUUCGGCAAUGAGCGUGUUGGCUUCGCUCCAGCCACKCCGGUGCCUACGUGAAGAAACGAGGGAGGAUUGCGAUGUAUUGAGGAAGAAAGGGCCAAGGAAGUCUGUGCAAGAAGGGAGGGGGGGGAGGGGAGAACGAGGGGAGAAUAAGAAAUAUGGCGUGGGAGAAAGGGGAGGCCAGCGAGCGAGGGAAGCCUGAAGUUGGGUUAUGGYGAGAGAUCGAGAAGGAGCAGGAUCAGCACGGCCGAGUCGGAAAGUCGAACGCAGACAAGAGACGAAGACUGAGGAAGUCUGUGCAAGAAGGGGGGGGAGGUGAGAACGAGGGGAGAAAAAGAAAUAUGGCGUGGGAGAAAGGGGAGGCCAGCGAGCGAGGGAAGCCUGAAGUUGGGUUAUGGAGAGAGAUCGAGAAGGAGCAGGAGCAGGAUCAGCACGGCUAGUCUGAAAGUCGAACUCAGACAAGAGACGAAGACUGACGAAGAAGUCGGGAGGGAGACAAGAAGGCGAUCUGUGUUGAAAGCAUGUAGAGGAAAGAGAGGGGAAGGGGAGAUGAAGGCAAUAUGCGGGAGAGUGAGAUACAAGAAARCAGUGCGCAAAUGUUGAGAUCUCCCUCCAAAGAGCGCGAGGAAGGGCGGGGGAGAGGUAACUGAAAGAGAUGCUUUUUCUAUACAAGGGAACAGAAAGCAAUUCAAAAGAGGAAGUGAAAAAAAAAAAAAAAAGGGUCAUGGCAAGAGGAGGAGGAUGUGUUGGAGCAGUGGAAAUGCGGAGUUGAGCCCGAGUUACGAUGUGUGGUGUGGUGCUGUGAGAGUUGUAGAUAGUCUUUAACUUUCUUUUCUUCCGCUGCAAUAUUCCGACUGUGCAAUAUUCCAAAUGAAAACCGUGGACGCUCUGCUGUAAAAGUUGUAGAUAGUCUUUACCUUUUAUUUAUUUAUUUAUUUUUUGAAUUUUUUUCUAAACUAAGCUAUAUUCUUCUCUCUAUUUCACCUUUACUACCCACUUUCCAUACUCUUAGGGGCUCGCCACACCACUGUCAGGAACACAGUUGUCGAUAGUUUCUCUUCGCCAUACAGCGCGUCGAAAUUGGAGACGGGAAGAAAAUUGGCAACUACGCUGUCAGAGAAUGCUUCUCCACACCAACCUUUGGUACGUUGUUGAAUCCCCCAUCCCCAGCCUGCUACUCCGAUGCUUUCAACAAACAGUCCUUGGCUGCGCGAUCGACUUCUCCUCAAAAAAUGGUGAGUGGGCGUGAGGUCGGGAUGGACUAAUGCUUGUCAUACCACCACAGGCACGUUCUACUUCUUUUCCAUCUUUUUUUUUUUAAUUCUUUUCCAUCUUGCAUUUCUUACAAGUGCGUCCGUUCUACACUUGUGUGUGGCUAAAGGCGGGCAAACUGUCGAAGGGAGGCUGUCGAAUUUAUUCUGACAGCCGUCCGUCAAAGUUUGUAGCCUUUCGGCAGUGGUGUGGCGAGCCCUCACUUUCAACGUUCGCACUACUUGUCCCUCUCACGCACAAACAUGCAUCCAAAGACACACUAGCACAUUAUUUAUUGGUUCUUUUCUAAUUAGAGAUCCUCCUUGCCCAGUGCAUUCGCUUGCUUGUCCCCUCUCGGUUCAGAUACGUCCGGCGACCCACCUCGAAAUGUGCCGAAUAGU